AUGGCAGGUUCUCAGCAUGGACUGUUGACCUUCAAGGAUGUGGCCAUAGAAUUUUCUCAGGAGGAGUGGGAAUGCCUGGACCACACUCAGCAGGAAUUGUAUAGGGAUGUGAUGUUAGAGAACUACAGGAACUUGGUCUCCUUGGGUCUUGUUGUCUCUAAGCCAGACCUGAUCACCCUUUUGGAACAAAAGAUGGCUCCCUGGGAUGUGAAGAGAAAGGAGACAAUAGCCAUACACCCAGGUAGGUGGGAAUGA